AUCUCUCGGCUUCCGUUGAGCACCGAGCAAGAUGGCAGCCUCCGAGACGGUUAGGCUACGGCUUCAAUUUGAUUACCCGCCGCCAGCCACCCCGCACUGCACGGCCUUCUGGCUUCUGGUCGACUUGAACCGAUGUCGAGUUGUCACGGAUCUCAUCAGUCUCAUCCGCCAGCGCUUCGGCUUCAGCUCCGGGGCCAUCCUGGGCCUCUACCUGGAAGGGGGGCUCUUGCCCCCCGCCGAGAGCGCGCGCCUGGUGAGGGACAACGAUUGCCUCAGAGUUAAAUUAGAAGAGAGAGGAGUUGCUGAGAAUUCUAUAGUAGUUAGUAAUGGUGACAGUACUCAUUUAUCAGCUAGAAAAGCAAAGAAGCGGGCAUUUAAGUUAGAGGAGGAUGAAGAAAUUGAACUAGGUUACAAAUAUUCAAAGAAGCAUUGGAAGAGGCAAGAGAACAAUGGCAAUAAUGGGAAGGCCUUGGAUCUGGAGCCAAAAGUUAUCAUAGAUCAGACUGUGAGGAAAAAAAACAAGAGAAAAAACAAAGCAACAUGUGGCGUAGUGGAUGAUGGUGACGAAGAAACCAAAAGAAAAUCACCAAAGAAAAAGGAGAAAUGUGAAUAUCAAAAAAAGACAAAGAAUUCCAAGUCUCCAGAAGCACAGGCAGUAAAAGAGCGGACCAUCCAGAGCUGUAGUCCUCCAAAAGGUUCUGCUAGAAACAGCCUUGCUAAUGUCAGAAAGAAAGGUGGUGUAGGCAUUUGUUCAAAAGAUAGUCCCAGUUCCUCUUCAGAGUCUGAGUCUUCUCAUGAAUCCACCAGUGAUGGUCUCAGCAAUGCCACUUUGGAGGUCAGAAAUUCCUCAGGGAAAGUAUCAGCUGAGUUAUCAAAGGAAGGACCCUCUAUAAAAAACCUAGCUGCGAACAAACCGGCUACAAAAGCUGGCUUUAACCGUACCCCCAGCAAGGACAAGACUUCAUCAUCUUCUAGUUCAGACUCUAGUUCAGAGUCAGAUGACGAAUGCAUGAUAUCAAAGACCACUCCAGAGCGUGCUGCGAGUUUCUUAAAGACCGUAGGCCUCUUUGCAGGAAGAGGUUGUCCGGGUCCAGGGUCAUCAUCACAGUCUCCAAGUGCUGCUGGGUGGAAGCAUUCUGACUCAAACGGUGGCAGACAGGCUCCUGGUCCUCCUCUCAACGUGUCUCUCCCCACUCAUUUAGGAAGAGGAUGGGGUAGAGGAGAGGACCUUCUCUCUUGGAAGGGAGCUAGGGGUCGGGGCAUGCGCGGGAGAGGGCGAGGACGAGGGCAGGCUGUUUCUAGUCUUUUAAAUAGAAACACUGAAUACCAGAAGCAGCAGCAGUUAAAUGAAACACUGACAAACUCGUCUACUAUUAUCCAGAAUCCAGUAGAGACACACAAGAAGGACUAUACUCUGUUACCGCUGCUGGCAGCUGCCCCUCAAGUUGGAGAAAAGAUUGCAUUUAAGCUUUUGGAACUAACAUCUGAUUACUCUCCUGAUGUCUCUGACUAUAAGGAAGGAAAAAUAUUAAGCCACAAUCCAGAGACCCAGCAAGUAGACAUAGAAAUUCUUUCAUCCUUACCUGCUGCGAAAGAACCUGGGAAGUUUGAUUUGGUUUAUCACAAUGAAAAUGGAACCGAGGUAGUGGAGUAUGCUGUGACGCGGGAGAGGAGGAUCACUGUUUUCUGGAGAGAGUUGAUUGAUCCAAGACUGAUUAUUGAAUCUCCGAGUAAAACAUCAAAUACAGAACUUGUCUGAGUAUGACCUCUCCACCUCUUGGUUUAUAAAUGUCUUAUUUGUGAAAGUGACUAUAACCUGAACUUUUUUUUUUUUUUUUAAAAGAGGAUUUGAAAGUUGUAUGAAUUUUUUUGUUAUCUUCACUUUACUGCAUAGGGAAAAAUCUACCUCAUCAUUUAAAAUCACAUGGUUGUUGGUUUUAUAGACUUUUUUUUUUCCAGGUUUAAUUUCAGUUAAAAAAAUUUAAAACAUGACAUUCCCUGCAGGUAUUGUUAUAUACCAAUAUGUGUGGCUUCUUCUCUUUUUUAAAUUUUUUUUGACCAUCAAGUAGCAAUCGUCAAUAGGAGUUUAUAAUACCAAGUACAAGAACGUGCUGCAUAUCUUGUCUCAAUAAGUUUUAUUAAGUAGCAUUUUAAAACAUUAAAGCAUGUUACUUGACCCAAUUUUUUAAUAUUAGAGUUGUUCCAUAAAAUGGAACAUCUUACAAAUUUCAAGUUUUUAUACUUGCAGUUGUUAAAGAGUUAAACAGGUAGUUGGAUUUGUUACAGGCAAUGAGUUAAGGAAUCCUUUCACAUUUUUCCCAACUUUAAAAUUAAGGAUUCUCAGGGCCCUGUGUAGAGCAGUGAAAAUAAGACAUCGUGUGUUUGCCUGGAGAACUGGUGUUCCACUUGGGUGAGAGGAUUUGCUGUGAGCUUCAGACCAGGGAAUGUAUCAUCUUGCUAUGUGAUGCCAUGCACCUGGCUGAGUAUGCUGGAGUGAGGAUCUUGAACAGAAACUUCCUUUUCUGUUAUUAUUCGACACAAAGCUAAAAUGGCUAAAUAUAUACUGUGAAAAUUGCUUUCUUUUAACAAAAGAUCAUAUCCUUCCUUCAGCUUUGCAAAUUUUUAAAUAAAAUCUUAUUAAACUAAA